AAAAUUCGACAUUUCUUUCUUCAAUGGCAACCUCGUUUACGUUUACUUUAACCUCAAAAGUUUAAUUCAAUAAAUCUCAUUCAUCAAAUUUCUUUCAAAACCACUAUUUAACGCACCCCUGCAUCAAAUAAUUCCCUCUCACACACACACAAAAAACUGGUUAUUUAAAAAAAAAGGCAGCAACACUAUGGAUACCAACGACCAAACCGAGGAAAAACGAAAAACCAUGUCCUGCGGGGUCUACUUUGACUGUCCGGAGUCCCUCAAGGAGGCAAUUCACACCAGUUUCGACUGGGGUUUUCAUUUCUUAGUCACUCAAUUAACCCACCCGAACUUUACGAAAGACUUCGAGGGGCCCGACGCCAAAUACGUCAUGGGGCGCACCGAUCGCAUCUUAAAGUCCCAGGAGUGGAGCAGGCUGGUGGUCGGUGAAUUAUCCAAGGAUUUAAAUCUGGACAGCGAGGAUGAGGCAGUGAGGUUAAGAGACAAAGAGGUUAUGAUGAAAGAAUUGGGGUUCGCUUCGCACCUAGGGGUCCCAGCUGUCUUGCUUUAUUUAAACAAACCUAAGAACUUGCAGCUCGCAAGGGUGGUAAACGAUAAGUUGGUCUCCUCGUUUUCUUUCUCUGUUUGGGCUCAAAUGCCCAUGGUGCAUUUUUCCAGGCAGGACCCCAUGGGGGAAGAGGAACAGGACACCUGGGACUGGUGGAACGACUUCAGAACUUUAUGUGACUAUGACAAAAGGGUGGGGCUGGUUUUGGAGGUGCCCGAGGCUAAAGAUGUGCCUCCUGCCGACGAAGUGGACCGAUGGAUCGGGGAGCCUGUUAAGGCUCUGGUUUUUAAGGCCUCACACUUCUUGAUCAACCACUACGGUAAACCGGUUUUGCCGAAGGCCCUUCAGGACUUGGUGAGGAGGUUUAUGACCAUUGAUGUCCAGUACAUUAUACAUUUGGACGUGGACCAUGCCGAUACUAGUUUAUAUGUGAAAUAUAUGGCGUUCUUAGGGAAGAAAUUGUACAUGUGUGACACCAUGGCGGAGUUCGUUAGGGGGUGCGAAGACUACCUGCAAAACCCCCUGCAGCCCCUAACCGAACACCUGGAAACCACCGUGUACGAGGUGUUCGAAAAGGACCAGGUGAAGUACGAUUAUUACCAAAAAGCGUUUUUCGUCGCGUUGGAAAAGUGGGAGGAGGCUAGGGCCCCGGUCGUGAUGGUCGUGGGGGCCGGCAGGGGUCCCCUGGUCCAAUGCGUCCUCAACGUAUCGAAAACCCUGGGAAAACCGGUGAAAGUGUACGCGGUCGAGAAAAACCCGUACGCGAUGAACACGAUCGCACAUAGGAACAAAUACGAGUGGGAUUCCCAGGUGACGUUGGUCAGGGAGGACAUGAGGACCUGGCAGGCACCGGAAUUGGCGGAUAUUAUGAUUUCCGAACUUUUAGGAUCUUUCGGGGACAACGAACUAUCACCGGAAUGCCUGGACGGUGCCCAACGGUUCUUGAGGAAACCCACCGGAAUUUCGAUACCGAGUCAGUACACGUCGUACUUGGCCCCCCUGCAGUCCGUAAAACUGUACAACGAAAUCAAAAACUCCCGGAUGCCGGACAAGAGCGUCAGACAAGUGUUCGAGACCCCUUAUGUGGUGCACCUGGCGAAUUAUUAUCAACUGGGUGAGGCUCGGCCCCUGUUCGUUUUCGACCAUCCGAACUUCCAGUUGGUACCGAAUACGCGUCACAAGUCGAUCAAGUACCCGCCGUUGACGAAGGCGGCGGUCCUGACCGGGUUCAGCGGCUUCUUCGAGACGGUCCUGCACGAGAACGUGACCCUCAGUACCAACCCCAGGACUCACACCCCCGAUAUGGUCUCGUGGUUCCCCAUAGUGUUUCCCCUGCCCGCCCCCGUUCAAUUGAAGGCGGGAGACGUGGUGCGGGUGUCGUUUUGGCGCGAGGAGAACCCCGACAAGGUGUGGUACGAGUGGUGCCUCGAGUCGCCGUUUAAGACGCCCAUCAUGAACCCCAACGGCAGGUCGUAUAGCAUUAAAAAACACUAAAUUUGUUUUAGGUUAAGUAGAAAACGCACUUUUUUUUUUUAAGUUUGUUUAAGUGAUAAUAAAUAUGAAUAAAAAUGUUAUUUUACUUAUAA